UGAAAGCAAGGCUUCACCUUUAUUUUAAUAGAAAAAGAGUUGACGCUUUCGCACCUGUACUUGAUGAGCAAAAGCAAAAUCUCAUGAUAAUAACUGCCAGGAGGCCUUCUUAGGACUGUUUUACCUCUCUCUCACUUUAAAUUAUAAUAAUUUUUUAAGAUCAACCACCUUUCUACAUUGUUUUGUUCACUGAAUUACUUCCCCUGCUUGAGCUAAAUUCUCCAUCAAGGAUUUUGACUGUUGGUUCUAUGUUACAUAAUUUUAGUUCAAUAAAUUGGAAUGAUAUUAACUCUGAAGGAUGUAAAUAUGAUAAAUUUGCACAAUAUUCCCUUACUAAAUUAAUGAAUCAUUUAGCUACUUUGUACAUGCACAGAUUAAUGUUUAAACAUAAAAAACAAUUCCAAGUUACUGCAAAUGUUGUGGAUGCAGAAAAGAGGGUUGAGAAGGAGGGACGAACGAUUUUGCCCCAAUAUUCAAACCGUGCACAAUUCUAUAGUCCUUUAUUUCCUGCAUCAUCAGAGCCAUAUUUAUACGAACAUGUAAAUGCUUUAGAAACACUUGUUAGAUUAACUGAGGAUAAAGAAUUUGAAGGGAUUAGUGGAAAAUAUUUUGACGCUAAUGGUAAAGAAUUAAAACUGGGUGCUUCCGUUUGUGAUGUAAGGGUACAAGUAAGUAUUAUUAAGCAAACAAAUAAAAUAAAUUAUAAAAGUUGA